AUGUACGUGGUCAAGGUGUCAGACUUUUUGGAGAUGGAGGGUCCACCUGAGCCACACCACGUCUUGAAGCACAAAGGCUUGCUUCACGAGUGGCAUCCAGGUAUGUUUGUGAUCUUCAUCUCGCACCAGUGGUUGGGUGCUGGAUCUCCAGAUCCCUUAGGGCAGCAGGUGAGCGUGCUGCGCCAUGCACUGCAGGCCUUCAUCGAUGGAUCCAUGAAGGUGGAGGUGGAUCUAAUGCGCACGUUCGGCGAUGUAGGUGGUGCCACGGGCUGUGAGAGUGUUGCGCAAGGGCACCUGUUCUUGGACUGGUUCGCCAUACCGCAGCUCACUGAAAGAACCAAAGGUGUCAACGAUGAUUCCACAGUAUCAGAUACAGCUCGAGCUGUUCAGAGCAUUCCAGCUUAUGUAGAGUCUUGCGACAUGUUCGUGGCACUCGUCCCUGAUCUUGUACAUAAUGAUACUGGGCUUCAAUGCAACUACAGCACGUGGCUUUCUCGAGGGUGGUGUCGUGCAGAGCUUUGGUGUCGCUUGCUAUCAAACCGAAAGGAUACCAGUGUCGUUGUGAUCUUCUCAGCCAGGGAGGCACUCUACAUUGUGCCUUUGGAUUGGCAAAAGAACUUGAUCUCAGAUGGCUUGUUUACUGUUGAAAGGGAUCGUUCAAUUGUGGUGAAGCUUGGGGAGACGGCUUUGAGAAGCAAGAUCGAACAUUUGCAGCGCUGGGGACCUUUGACAGACUACCGCUUCCACUUGGCACAGGAGCCCCGAUUGCUGAAGCGAAAGCAGCAAGGUUUCGAGGACCUUCACAGCUUCUUGCAGCAUUUUGAUUUCAAUAGUCUUCAGGCUGCCGUCAAGCACGAAAGUGGUAUGACGGGUAUGUUGUGUUCAAUGCUUGCUGGGGAUGUGGGCAUUCUGCAAGUCUUGGCGGAGAAUGGCGGCGAUGUGAAUGCUCGUGUCAGUGGUCUUGACCACCUGGGCUACUCCGAUUCAUUGACUUUGUUGAUGGUGGCUGCCUAUGUGGGUCAAGAUCCGAAGGUGUUGUCUACUCUCAUGACUUUGAGAGCAGACCCCAACCUUGCAUGCAUUUCCGAGUCUGGCUCCAUCGUAACUGCUUCGUGGUUAGCAUCACAGCCCGAGCAUGUGCAGGUGCUGUUGGAAUAUAGAGCAGACUUUGCUAUGUCACCGCCAUUGACAGGUGUUGCAGGAGUAUCUUCCGUGAACACCGUGAAGGCCUUCUUGAAUGCUCGGUGUGACCCUGGCUCUCUUUCUCCAAAUGGUUUCGGACCAAUGUACAGUGCGCCCUUCUUUGGUCGCGGCAAUCCAGAUUGCCAUAGCAUCAUGCAGCUGCUGCUGUCAGCACGUGGUGAUGUCAAUGCCCAGGCAAAGCCACGUGGUUGGUUUUAUUGGGAAUGCAUGCGUGCUCGAGUUUCUGCCAGCCUUUGGGGUCUCGAGGCAUGCAGUGUGUACAAGCGUCAAAUGGCUUCCCUCCCGGGAGCCACGCCGUUGUCCAUUGCUGCAGUCACGGGAGACCAAAGGCUGGUGAAGCUGCUCCUGGAGAAUGAUGCCGAACAUGUUCCAAACGAUCGCGGAGAUAAACCGGAAGAUUUGGCGCGGGCCGCUGGUCAUACCGAAUUGCUGCCCAUUUUGUCCACCUUUUGUGUAUAG